UGAGAUGAGAAUCUUCUUCUCUGUUGCUAUGCUUUCUUUGCCCAUCUCUUUCCGUCUUUAUUAUUAUUAUUAUUGUUUUUUUUUUUUUAGGUUAAAAUUUUCUUAGGAAUUCUUUUGAUUGGUUUGACUGGUUUGAGUCGGUUUGGGAAUUGUGAUCCAAGACCAAGAGAGAUUGAAAUUGAGAGAGAGAGAGUGAGAGAGAGAGGGAUCGUUGGCGGAAUCGUUUGUGACUCUUUCUUUCUUUCUUUUUUAUUUAUUUAUCUUCGGAUUAUUAUUAUAAUUAUUAUUAUUAUUAUUUACAUUUAGGGUUCGUUUUUGCUUUACUCUUCGUUCCUUUUUCUUGUUUGGGGGGACAUCGGGAGCCGCUCAUUGGGGUAGAAUCUUCCGAUUUCUUGUGGAUUUGGCUUCAAAGGUGGUGUUUUUCCGGUGAUUUUUGUUGGUUUGAGCGGGAUUUGGUUAUCAAUAUUGGAUUUUGGAGCAAGGGGGAUGGGAUUUGUGGUUUGAUUUGUUGAUUUUUUUGUUUUUGGGAUUUUAGGGAUUCUAGAGCGAUGUUCUUAGGUUUUAAUUUGUAGUUUUUCUGUGUUUUUUGUGAGUUGUGAUGUGAAUAAAAUGUCCAAUAUGAUUGCGUUGCCGAGGCCCAAUUGUAGCCUCCUCGCGGUUUUGUGCGGGGAGUUUGCCGGCAGGCGAAAGGAGGAGGGGAGGAAUCGGGCUUCUUAUCCCUUCCCGGAGCUUGUGUCUUCUGGUCGACUUGAGGUUCAGACACUUGUAAAUCCCACAUUAGAUCGGUUUCAGGAAGUUCGGAGAUCAUUAGAGCCCAAUGUGUUGUUCUUCCAAGGAGAGAAAGGUGAAAAGGAUGAAGAAACUGGUUCUCUUGUUUGGGGAACUGUUGAUGUUUCAGACCCGGAGCUGUUCUGUUCACUCUUCAGCCCUCCGUUUCCAACCAUUGUUUAUCUGGAGGUUCCAAACAGUGAGAAUAUUGCACAAGCCCUCCACUUUAAGGGUGUUCCGUACGUAAUAUACUGGAAGAAUGCAUUUUCAUCUUAUGCAGCUUCCCACUUUCGGCACUCUUUAUUCUCAGUUAUACAGAGUUCAUGCAGCCAUGCAUGUGAUGCCUUUCAACUUGCGCAUGCAUCUUUCCGGUUUUAUUGUGUGCGAAAUGGUGUUGUUUUGCCCGAUGGCUGUCAAAAGUCUACUGACAAGCUUGGGCCUCAUCUGAUUGGAGAUGCUCCGAAGAUUAAUAUUGAACCACUGGAUAAAGGUCCUGAUGAUGAUGCUGAAGACUUGUCAGAUUCUUUUCCUACUAUCAAGAUUUAUGAUGAGGAUGUAGAAAUGAAGUUUCUUGUGUGUGGAUAUCCUUGCAGAUUGGAUGCUUGCUUCUUGGCCUCUCUGGAAGAUGGACUCAAUGCUCUCUUGAAUAUUGAAAUUAGAGGGAGUAAACUUCAGAAUCGUGUGAGUGCUACACCACCACCCCUUCAAGCUGCAUCAGUUUCUCGUGGUGUUGUGACCAUGAGAUGUGAUAUCACAACUUGCAGUUCAGCCCAUAUCUCGCUUUUAGUGUCUGGCAGUGCACAGACAUGUUUUGAUGAUCAGCUUUUGGAAAGCCACAUUAAGAAUGAACUUAUUGAGAAGACUCAGCUUGUUCAUGCCGUGCCAACUGGUGAACAGAGCAGGCCACCAUUUUCAGAUCCAUCAAGCUAUGCUUCCAUAGCUGCUGGUGCAUCUGUGUUUGAAAUUACAUUGAAAGUGCCAUCUUGGGGAUCUCAGGUUUUGAAGCAGCUUGCUCCUGAUUUCUCCUACAGAAGUUUGGUGGCGCUAGGCAUUGCAAGCACUCAUGGUACUGCUGUUGCUUCUUUUGAUAAAGAAGAUGCAGAUCGGCUACUUUUCUUUUGUUCGAAACAAGCUAAUGAUGUGCAUGCACUAGAUAAAGUACUUAAUCCUCUGCCAAAUUGGGCGUCUUUGUCAAGCAAAAAACGACCCAGACUUGGUUCAGAAACAAAGCCUAUCACUCACGGCAACAUUGGUGGUGAAAAAGAAUUAAUUUGUCCAAAAGUUGAUCCAGAUUACGGGAAUGAAUUGAAGUUGACAAAGGUAAAUAUGAGGCCCUUGCCUGCUAGACAGAAGACAAAGGUUAUUGCGAUGAGGCCCGUUCCUUAUUCUAGGCAACAUAAAAUGCGUCCUUUUUGGGGAAUUUCAGAAGCUGAUGCGUAUGAUGGAAGUCUACUGAAGUCUAAUUUGCCAAGUGCACCAAUCCCUAAGCAAAAUCUGGUGCCUGCAGCACCUUCAACACAUAGGAAAUCCAUGUCAAAUUCUUUACAUGCUCAGCAAAUAGUUUCACUGAAUCCACUGCCUAUGAAGAAACAUGGAUGUAGUAGAAGUCCAAUCCAAGUUUGCUCAGAAGAAGAAUUUUUAAGGGAUGUCAUGCAAUUCCUAAUUCUUAGGGGGCAUAGCCGGCUUGUACCUCAGGGUGGAAUCUCUGAAUUUCCGGAUGCUAUACUCAAUGCAAAGCGUCUAGACUUGUAUAAUCUCUAUAGAGAGGUAGUUUCGAGAGGAGGCUUUCAUGUUGGGAAUGGGAUAAACUGGAAAGGACAAGUGUUCUCAAAGAUGAGGAACCAUACAAUGACCAAUAGAAUGACAGGUGUCGGUAAUACACUAAAACGGCAUUACGAAACAUACUUGUUAGAGUACGAAUUAGCGCAUGAUGAUGUUGAUGGCGAGUGCUGCUUGCUAUGUCACAGUAGUGCCCCCGGAGAUUGGGUGAACUGUGGUUUGUGUGGAGAAUGGGCACACUUUGGGUGUGAUAGAAGGCAGGGCCUUGGUACUUUCAAGGACUAUGCAAAGACGGACGGAUUGGAAUACAUAUGCCCUCAUUGUAGUGUUAACAAUUUCAAGAGGAAAUCACCAAAGAUGGCGAAUGGAUUUUCUCAUCAUACAUCAACUGUUUCACGACCAACAUAGUCUUCUACUUUUUUAUCUUUUGUCCUUUUUUUUAUUAUUAAAUAUUUUAGAAGGGACCUGAUCUGUAUAAGGCCUGAUAUGUAUCAUUCCCCAAUUGUUGUUUUAGCAAGCAAAGGUUUAGCCGGCGCUCAAUAUCUAAUAUAAUGAGUCACUACAUUGCACAGGAAUUAUAUAACAAGGAAAUGUUUCAUUUUUGCUUUCUUGCUCCA